CACGGAGCCGCCCUCUCCUGAUCUCCGCAUAGACCCAGAUGCCUCCCCUCCCUCUUGACGAGCGCAUAGUGGUUAUUCAGCACCCUAAAAACUUGGCCCUGUGUGAGGGCUCUCCACAAACCAUCCCACAGCCUCCCUCUCAAAUACCAACCAUCGCAAAUGGACAAAUUCCCCACCCUCCCCAUCUUCACCAUCCUCAAUCCUACCCCUACUCGCCCUCCUGUAACUUGCUGACUCUGGAAUGCAAGCGCAGAUCUUCCCGCCAGCAGAAAUUCAAGGGCGACCAGGCUGUCGUCCCGGUGGGUGUCAGACAGAUCCCUAGCCACUGCCACAGCAACGGCACAGUGACUCUCACGCCCAGGCUGCCCUCGCACACACAUACCAUUGAUAUCAAGGUAUCAUUGGACAAAAGUGUAAAAGCUGGGGGAUCCAGUAACUCGUUACGGCACAGCAGCAGCAUCAAAAGUGGCAGAAGGAAACACAUCUCUUUACAUUUAGAUCAAGGACUGGGUGAAAGAAAAUACGGAACGACGGGGAGGCCCACUGGAGCCGAUCAAAAUUCACAGAAAAGUCCCCAUCACAGUCAGCUAUCAGCCAACCCAGGAGGGAAUCUACAGUUUGUCCCUGCCUAUUCACAACAGUGUAAGGCCAGACGGGAGAGGGAAAAGGAAAGAGCUGGUGUUACUGCCAGCUUUGUUCCCAGAAGUGACCAAGAGCUACCCUCCGUGGGUAACAGGAAGAAUUCCAAACUGGGAACUGUCCAUCAAAACCAUAAUCCUCACAACCCACCCUGUUACCACAAUGCUGUCCCUGUGCCACAUGCCUCUAUCCUAAACUCCAACUACCCUUCGACCCCACUUUCCCACCCUACCCAUGCUCCCUCCUCAUUCCAGCAGCUCAACCAGUCCCACGCGUCCCGUAGCAGGGAUCACCGCCCUCAUAUUCUUCAUGGUUUACCUCUCUCCCCCUGCUCCUCCCAUGGUGGAGCUUUCCCAAGCCCUGACCAUACCUGCACCAUAGACUUCUCACAUCCCUUCAACUGCGGGUGUUGGAAGUUGGUGCGAUGCGGAGCAUGUAAAGGGCACUCUACGAGUCGCCAAGGUGGUGGAGGAAGUCCGUCCUCGUCAUUUUCCUGUGUUCACACUGUUGGAGCAGUGAACGGCGGAGCCAAAACAAUGGGCCUGAAAACUUUAGGCGGUUGCCUCUCCACUGUCUCCACCUCCAACACCUCUUCCUCCAACAGCACUGUGUCUGACUGCCGAGCAAAUCCGUUCAAACCCCUCAGCUGUGCCUCCUGCUCCGGUGAGGCUGGAGCCUUCGAGAGUCCAGCAAUCUUUCGUAAAAAACUGGUGGGGGGAUGCCUGCCUUGUACCCCACUGUCUUCUUCAGCCCCUCUCCGAGCAUUACAGAGCUGUGUAACAGGCUGCAGUCCCAAAGCCAGUCAGACUGGCAGCUCCACCUGCAGUUACUGCAGCAGUGACCCCAUAGUGGUGACUUUUAAUCCCCGCCGAGGCAAACACCCUGGGAGAAGCAUUGGAGCAGCUCACCCAAUGGCUGUGUUCCCACCCGACGAUGAUGACUACAGUGUGCGCACAAUCUGGCCUGAGGAACUGGCCAAAAAGAUUAACCACUCCAAAGCUCAAAAGAACCACUGUGCCGGUUUGGGAAUCGGAGUAGGAAAAACUUGCGUAAGCAAGGAUCAGAAUAGUAGCAAUGGAGCAGGUCUUGUCCUCUUGGACUGCCAAAACCUCCAGCAGUUCACACAGUCUCAGCUAACAGACCAUGCAGGCCGACGCAGACUUCGGCAGGGCAAGACAGCAGCUCUUGAUUUUAUUGGUUCUGGGUCAGGGUCCAGGCGAGAUGAGGGGCAAAAUUCCCUGAAAAGACUCUUACAUAGAGAGAUGGGAAUGGGAGAUUCUACAGAGCAAGAUGGAGAUCUAGCAUAUCCUUCCUCUCCAUCUCCUCGCUCCCCUUCGCCCCCAUCACCGAUUUCCUUUUCCCCUCCACCAUCAGCCCACAACACACUCAUCAAACCUAAACCCAAACAGAGAGACAGAGAGGGAGGUCAUUCGCUUCCAUCUGCCCAGUCAUUACACCUUGUCCUAAACUCCCUUAACAGAGAGCAGGAUGAGGAGAACAGUAGAGUGCACCUUUCUUUGCCACUCUCCUCUUCAUUGCCUGCGUCUCUGUCUGAUGAGAGUAUGAUGACUCCUGAUGCAGAGAAUGCAGUGGUCAGCCCUAUCCUGCCCUUCCUGUUUCUGGGAAAUGAGAGAGACGCCCAGGACCUGGACCUGCUGCUGCACCUCAACAUUGGCUACGUGGUCAAUGUGACCACACACCUUCCCCUUUACCACGUCAACUCCGGACUAGUGCGGUACAAGAGGCUGCCAGCUACCGAUAACAGCAAGCAAAACCUGCGCCAGUAUUUUGAGGAGGUCUUUGAGUUCAUUGAGGAGGCACAUCAGAGUGGAAAAGGGGUGUUGGUGCACUGCCAGGCAGGCGUGUCUCGUUCUGCAACCAUUGUUAUCGCAUACCUUAUGAAGCACACCCUCAUGACUAUGACAGAUGCCUACAAAUAUGUGCGGAGCCGUCGUCCUGUUGUUUCCCCAAAUCUCAACUUCAUGGGCCAACUUUUAGAGUUUGAGAGGGAUCUCAACUCUGGGGUCACCCCUCGUAUCUUAAUGCCUAAGCUUAGUGGCCUGGAGACACAGUUGUACAUGCAAGUUCGCUCCUCAUCAAUUCAAGAGAUGGAAGCUUGCUGGGAUGCUGAGGAGCUGCACCCCAACAGCAUUAAUCUGAAUGCUGCUGACUUUAACACCACCAACUGGGUAGCAGCAGAGAGCGAGUGGCUCAUGCCCCGGGGCACUCGCCCGGUAUGCCGAGUCCGUAAUCCAGCCUUGGGUAAGGAGGAGACAGUGGAUGAAAGGAAAGGAGGAGAAGUGGAUGGAAAGAAGAGACAGCGGAGAGAGAAGAGGGGGAGAGAUUGCAUCUGCAGAAGAAUACAAAACGGGAUGAAAGGAGACACCCCAGUGAACAGUACCAUGAGUGUCGGCCAAGCCAGGAAGCUGGUGGAGCAGUUGAAGAUAGAGGCCAGUUUUUGUAGAAUAAAGGUGUCAAAGGCGGCAGCGGACCUGAUGGCAUACUGUGAUGCACACGCCUGUGAAGACCCUCUCAUCACCCCAGUGCCCACCUCAGAGAAUCCCUUCAGGGAGAAGAAAUUCUUCUGUGCGCUCCUUUAA